CGAGGUUGAUUCGCCGGCCGGUUGUGGGGACUUCACGGACUCGCGACUGGCAGCAGCCAAGGUCGAUUCGCCAGCGGGUGGCGGGGUCUGCAGCGUCCAUGGUGCCGGCGGGAGAUCGCGCGCCUGGACAGCCUCAGCGUUGUGCAGAGUGGCCUCCAGCGUGUCGGCCAGCUCGAUCGCCAAAUGUGAGAUGUUCUUCCUUGGAGGACCGAGGCGCUGAGCCGUGGAGGACCUGCACAAAGCCCAUCGCAGAUCUUGCCGUGGAGAGCUCCUCGAUUUUCCCGGCGGCCUCUGCGGGUGACGGACCGGGACGCGUGAGGAGGCCAUGGCGCUCUACAACUUCAAGAAGAUCACGGUGGUGCCGAGUGCCAAGGACUUCAUUGAUCUGACGUUGUCAAAAACCCAGCGGAAGACUCCAACUGUGAUCCACAGACAUUACCAGAUUAACAGAAUUCGUCACUUUUACAUGAGAAAGGUCAAAUUUACGCAACAAAACUAUCAUGAUCGUCUUUCUCAGAUUCUAACCGAUUUUCCAAAACUUGAUGAUGUGCACCCGUUCUAUGCUGACUUGAUGAAUGUGCUAUAUGACAAAGAUCACUAUAAACUGGCAUUAGGACAGAUUAAUAUCGCAAAGAACCUUAUUGACAAUGUUGCUAAGGACUACGUACGUUUGAUGAAAUAUGGCGAUUCUCUGUACCGUUGUAAGCAGCUGAAGCGUGCGGCACUGGGGCGCAUGUGCACUAUUCUCAAAAGACAGAAGCAAAGUUUGGAAUAUUUAGAGCAGGUGCGGCAGCAUCUUUCUCGUCUGCCAUCAAUUGAUCCCAACACAAGGACUCUGUUGCUCUGUGGGUACCCUAAUGUUGGAAAAUCCAGCUUUAUCAACAAGAUUACUCGAGCAGAUGUUGAUGUACAGCCAUAUGCUUUUACCACAAAGUCAUUAUUUGUAGGACAUAUGGAUUACAAGUAUCUACGCUGGCAGGUGGUUGAUACUCCGGGCAUCUUGGAUCAUCCGUUGGAGGAGCGGAAUACGAUUGAGAUGCAGGCGAUCACUGCACUGGCUCAUCUCCGGGCUGCUGUUCUGUAUGUGAUGGAUGUGUCUGAACAGUGUGGCCACACUGUGGAAGAGCAGCUAGAUCUCUUCAAAAACAUUAGACCUCUCUUUGCCAAUAAGCCCCUGAUUAUUAUUGCAAACAAAUCUGAUAUAAAGAGAAUAGAGGAACUUUCUGAAGAACACAAGAAAAUCUUUGCAGAUUUGAUGACAGAAGGAAUCACUGUUACAGAGACAAGUACUUUGACAGAGGAGGGUAUUAUUAAAGUAAAAACUGAGGCUUGUGACAGAUUGCUUGCACAUCGUGUUGAUACUAAGAUGAAAGGUAAAAAGGUGAAUGAUUUAUUAAACAGACUUCAUCUAGCUGUCCCAGCAAAGAGGGAUCAGAAGGAGAGACCACCCUGGAUUCCUGAAGGAGCUACCACACGCAGAAAAAUGGAGGUGGAUAUGCCAAAGCGAAAAACGGAACGGGACUUGGAGUUGGAGAUGGGCGAUGAUUAUGUUCUGGAUCUCCAAAAAUACUGGGAUCUGAUGAAUCAGUGCGAGAAGAAAGAUCUGAUACCCGAAAUAUGGGAGGGUCAUAAUUUGGCUGAUUACAUCGACCCUGACAUUAUGAAGAAACUUGUAAACCUGGAAAAAGAAGAAGAAUUGAAACAAUUAGCAGGGGAAUAUGAUUCAGAUUCCGAGAGCGAGGAUGAGGAAAUGAGAGAUAUCAGAAAGUUGGCUGCUCAGAUACGAGAGAAGAAAAAGAUGCGAAUAUUGCUGUCAAGAGAAAAACAAACCAAAAAAGGUCCCAAAAUGCCCAGAACUGCUAAAAAGGUUGAAAGAAAAACUUUGGAAAAGGAGAUGGGAUCCCUUGGUUUGGAUAUGGCCAACAAAGAUGAGACACACUACGCAGAACAAGCUCGGCGGUCUAGAAGUGUCACCAGGAAGCGCAAGCGGGAAGAAUCUCAGCCACCAACGUCUAAGGCGCGCAGUCGCAGCUCUUCUCGUACCCCCCGUGAUGUCUCUGGUGUGCGUGAUGAAAAGAUGUUGAAAAAGGUGAAGAAGAUGAUGAAGAACUCUCAGCAGGAUAUGAAUCGCAUGGGCAAGAAAGGGGAAGCUGAUCGACAUGUAUUUAAUCUUAAACCCAAACAUCUUUUCGUUGGCAAGAGGAAAAUGGGCAAAACUGACCAUAGAUAAAGUGGCAUUGUCAAUUAGACUGUAGGACUUACAUAUUCAGUUAUAAGAGAGCUCCAAAUGACUUGUGAUAUGAUGGUGAAAUUUCGAGACUUUUAAGUUGAGAUCGAUCAUCAGAACAUAACUGUGCCUUUAAUGAUUCCUAUAUAAAAAGAAAUUGAAUAUUAAAUUCUACAGACUUUUUUAUUUGUUGAAGUGCAUUUCCUGGCAAUGUCUAAGAAAUAUGUACAAGAUACAUUGGGGCAACAAAUGUCUGUUUUGAAACAGACAUAACCAGAGAAGAACUAGAAGGAUUCUACUUUGAAGUAUGCCUAAUCCAACCAAGCGAUAACUUUUGAUAGAGUUUUGAUUUCCUGCCUAUAGUUUUUAAAAUGUACGUGGUAAACUUGACUAUAAAUUCUUGCAUUGGUAAACUGAAAAUGUAUGAAGAGACUGGAACCCACUCAGUGGGUUUGUCAAUAAUCAAAAGUGAGAUAUUAAAUAAUUUUGCCCGUUCCUUGCAUUGCAUUAUAAUUACAAGAUUCCUUUGGCUGUUGUUUAGUGAACUCUUGCCUUUGAGUUGCAAUCAGGGGUUCAGCCUUAAGAUCAAAGAUACUUGAACAAUGCAGAAUUCCAAGAGCUGUAAGAGGUGCGUAUUAUGAGAUAAUGUUAGAACCUUAAUUCUGUUAGGCACUGUACAGCCUCUAUGAGGAGUUGUGGAAUUCUUCCAUUUCCUGGCCUGGCAGUUUGUCCUUCAGGAUAUGGGAGCAUGAUCACUAAACUGGCCAUUCUUGGUGGGCAUUUAAAAUCUCUGUCCAGAAUAAAUUGUUGCCCUUCAGAGUUUGAGUGCUGUUUAACGUGGAAUUCAGGAGGUGGUGAUCAGCUGGUUUUCUUUCCUUAUUGACAAGAUGCAAUGGCUACUGGGGAUCGUGAAUUAGUGUUGAUUCCACAGGCGGCUCAUUCCUGAUACUUGCACUCUGAUCUCACUUCUCAGAAUCAGGUUUAUUAUCACUGUCUCAGAUGAUGUGAAAUUUGUUUUGUGGAAGCGGUGCAGUGCAAAGAUAUAAAAUUACAAAAAUAAAUAGUGAAAAGAAAUGAGGUGGUGUUCAGAGACUCUAGAAAUCUGACGAUGAAGGGGAAGAAGCUGUUUCUGAAUCACUAAGGCUCCUGUACUUCCUCCCCAACAGUAGAAAUAAAAGAGGGAGUGUCCUGGAUGGUGAGGGACCUUAGUGAUGCAUGCUGCCCUCUUGGGGCGCUACAUCUUGAAGGGAUCCUUGAUUGCUGGGAGGCUUGUUUCACUGAUGGAGCUGGCUAAGUCUACAACCCUUUCCAGCCUCUUUUGAUCCUGUGCAUUGGAGCCUCCACAACAGGCUGUGAUUCAACUCGUUGGACUACUGCACAUCCACGGAAACUUGGAAAUCCUGAACGUACCAAAUCUCAAACUCCUAAAGUGCAGCUGCUGGCAAUUGCAUUACUGUUUUGGACCCAGGAACUUGAAGCUAUUUAUGCUUUCCACUGCUGAGUCCUCAGUGAGGACUGAUGUGUGUUCUCUGAACUUCCCCUCUAAAGUCCACACUCUAUUCCUCGGUUUUGCACUCAAUUUUAGCAAGGUUGUUACUGCUAUACCUCUCAGCCAGGCAAUCUAUCUCACAGCUGUACACCACCUCAGUGCCAUCUCAGAUUCUACCAAUAGUGGUUGCCCCAGUUGGCUGAGAAGGCCAGGUCACUGGGUGGAUUUAAAGUGGAAUUUGAUAGGUUAUUGAUUGGUCAGGGGAUGGAAGGAUAUGGGCAGAAGGCAGGUUAACGGAAAUGGAUCAGCCAUGAUGAAAUGGUGGAGCAGACUUUAUGGCCUAAUUCUGCUCCUGUCGUAUAUAGAUUAUAGAUGUUUAUAGAUGGCACUAUAGCUGCCACACAGUCAUGAGAAUAGAGAGAACAGUGGGCUGAACAUAUUGCUUUAAGCCUGUCAUUUGGAGAGAUGUCAUUAAUGGUUCGCACUGGUCUCCCGACGUGGAAUUCAGUGAUAGUGUUCCAGAGAAAGGUACGGAAACCAAGGUUUUGAAGCCUGGUUAUUAGUACAGGCAAGUCUGUCUUGGCAAUACACCUAUAUAUAACACUGAUUAUGAUAGAGUGACUGGAAAUUGGUUGAAAGGUGUAAAUUUUUUUUGGGUGCAUCUCCUUUGAAGUUGUUGCUUGGCAGCUGUGGGACAUGAUGAUCAUUGGGUCUUGUUUUUAAGAACACAAGUUGAUACACUGAAUUUCAGACUGUAACAGCCAGUGAACCUGUGGAUAUAUUCCAUAAUGGGCAGAGGUAGUAGUCAGACUCUGCUGGUAUUCAAGUACACAAUAUUGUAAGAAACUGGUACUUAAAUUUUUUUUGAUGGCUCUGUGCUGUGUAUGAGGCCAGUAGUAUUCAAGUGUUUCACAGAACAAUGCAUGCCUUUCAGCUCAAUUACUAUUUGUUUCCCAAAUACUUCAGUUGGUUGUACUUCCCCUUUUAGUUGUAGGUGUUCAUCUAAGUGGCACAUUUCUCAAGCACCUGAAAUUUAUAAAAUGUGUAAUAUUUUGCUUUCAACUUGCAUAUAAAUUUAGCAUGGAUCACUGUCAUUGACAGACAUGUCAGAAUGGGAAUUGAAUUGAAAUGGGUAGCCACUGGGAGAUCUUGCCUUUUGUUGCAGUCAACACUUUACUUUUUGAUCCUGUUGUAUGCAGCGCUCUGAGUAUGGUUUCUACAUCAAUGAGGCUCGACACGGACUGGGGGACACCUUUGAUCUGUCUGCUGCAAAAGGCAGAAUCUUCUGGUGGCUAUCCACUUUAGCUGGUCUUCCUAUUCCCAUUCUGGCAUCUGUCCGUGGCUUCCAGGUUGAGGACAGUUUGGAAGAUUAAGUUCUGUUUGGGUAGCCUCCAACCUGAGAGAAUGAACAUCAGUUUCUCCAACUUACAGUAAUUAAUCCCCUCUCUCUUUUAACAUUCCCCAUUCUGGUUACCCUCCCAGUCUUUCCCCUCACCUUUUUCCUUUUCUUCCUUGGUGCACUUUUAUUCUGCGACAGAAUUCCUUCAUCCUGCACCCACUCCCCUCACCUGGCUUCCUGUCACCUUCUAGCUUGUACUCCUUCACUUCCCUCUUCCUUCCGAGUCCUGCCAAAGGAUCUCAGCCCACUUCAACUGUUUAUUCCCCUCUCUAGAUGAUGCCUGACUUGUGAUUUCAGUAGUGGUUUGUGUUACAGCUGUGUAUACGAUCAAGUAUUUAAUAAAAUAACAGCUGAUUUACUCUUCACCUCAUAUCGAUACAGUAUUCAAAAAUUGCUUUCAAUUUUCUUUGUACAAUUUAGGGGCAAUUAAGUAACACUUUCAGUAAUAAGUGGAUCACUUAAUAAAUGGCUUGUGUAUCAGA